UCAUUGUCAAUACACAAACUUGUUCUUCUUUUCUUUCCUUACAUAUUAUUUUUAUCUACCUGAUGAUACAAUUGUACGAAAAAAUAAAAUAUAAUCAGAAAUAGAAUAUACAGGAAGUAAUCAACACUGUUGACUGACGAUCGUUAUGUACAGAAGUUUGUAACACGUUUUGCGAAGUUUCACGUGGCUUGUGUUAAAAUGGAAACAGCAACAAAUACAGAUGAAAAUAAAAUUGUUCAUAAAGAGAUACUAUCGAACAUGUUAACAUCGGAAGAAGAAAAUAAAAAGACAUUCCAUGAAGAGAUAGAAUUAUUAACAUCACAGCAAUUAAUGCAUCAUGAAAAAUCGUCGAAAGAAGAAGCUGAGGUAUUACAGUUAGACGAACAACCUUCCAUAGAACAUAAAGAAAUUUUCUCCGAUGAAAAUUUAGAAAAAAUAGACACUAAGAUUUUAAUAAAUAGAGAAUGUGACAAACUUGAUACAACAAUAACAUUAGAUGCAAAUAAGACAGAAAAUGCAAUCAAUAAUUGUGAUAAUAUAAUUAAUGAAGUGACAGAACCAAGCGUUCAUAAUUAUGAGAUACAAGUAAACAAUCCAUCAUUACAAAAACAAACAGAAAAUAAAACAAAUGAAAUAUCUUCUCUCAACCUUAUUGCUAUAGAAUAUGAAGACACAGAUUCAGAUGUAGAAGAGACAAAUACUACAACUGAAAAUCAACAAACUGUGUCACAAGUACCGAAUUUACAGCAAUAUCGUACAGUUGAAAAACAAUUAUCAAGUGAAGAAUUUGAUAGUGAAGAAGAUUCUACUUGUACCAUUGAUAGCAGUAGUAGUAAUAGCAGUAGUAGCAAUAGCAGUAGUACUUGCAACAGUAGUAGUGAUAGUAGCAGUGACAGUGAUCCAGAUGAUAAUGUAAAUAUUAAUAACAGGAAGAAAGAGAGUGAAGUAAAUACGUCAAGGAAGAAAAAGCACAUACCAAAUGAAUUAGAUAAUCUUCCACCAAUAGAAGAUUUAAAAAUAAGUGUCCCUGAAGUUCUAUGUAAUUCAUUUGGCAAGAUUGAAAAUAUUGUUGAACAAUUAGUAAUUGUGAAACCAAAUCCUGGUGAGCCUACACUCAAUCUGGAUACAGUUUUAUUUGUAAACAAGGGGACAAAAGCACUUGGUAAAAUAUUUGAUGUAUUUGGUUCCGUGAACGAACCGUAUUAUUGCGUUCGCUUCAAUGGUGCUAAACAUAUAGAGGACAAUGAUAUUAAAGUUGGUAUGCAAGUGUAUUAUUGUCCGAACUCAGAGUACACGUCUCUUGUUUUCUUACAUGAGUUGACGAAGAUAAAGGCUUGUGAUGCGAUUGGUGAUGACGAGCCCCCGACGUUUUCAGACGAUGAGGAAGAACAAGCUUAUUACGAAAAUAUGAAGCAGAAAGGUACCAAAGAUUCUAACAACCAGAAGCAGAAACGCCAACAUCAAAUGGAAAUGGGCUGUCAAUCAAAUCAUUCGUGGAACAACAAUAAAAAAGUCCAAUCUCAAAAAUAUAAAUGGAACCAGCAAAAUUGGAAUAGUGGUAAUCAUUUUAAUUCUGCACAGAAUGGAACAUACUUUUACAAUGCUUGGCAACAAUAUAAUGCUUAUUGGCCACCAGUUCCACAAAACAUAUAUCCGAUGUCCAAUAGACCAUAUGCAGGAUACAGACCAACAUUUAGCGGACCACGUUUGCCACAGUAUGGCAAUCCAAAUAGUGGUGCACACCAAUAUUAUCAAGGGAUACAUUAUCGUCCUAAUGUGUAUAUGAAUACGCCUCCUUCUUAUUCAGCUUGGUCACCAGUACUGAUGCCAAAUGCGACAAAUACACAUUGGUUUCCACCAGUUCCUCCAUCUUCUUCAAAUAUGACGGAUGCGAAUAAUAUCGAUCCAAAUUUAUUUAAAUAA